AUGGCACCGUACGAGGCUUUCUAUGGUCGUCAGUGUCGUACUCUACUAUGUUCAACUAAGUUUGGUAAGCAUCGAGUUUUGGGUCCUGAGUUGGUUUCUGAAACCGAAGACAAGGUUUCUCUAUGGAAGAAAGUCUUGAGAUUCGGUCAUAAGAUCAAGUUGAGCCCUAGGUUCAUUAGGCCGUAUCGGAUUCUGAAGCAUGUGGGACCGGUUGCUUAUCAGUUGGAGCUACCUCCAGAGUUAUAUCGUAUUCUCGACGUGUUUUACGUCUCGAUGUCAAGGCGGUAUCGGUCUAAUCCAUCUCAUAUUGUCUCGAUUGAGGAGAUUGAGGUUAGACCAGACUUGACUUUUGAAGAGGAGCUGGUUCAGAUUUUGGAUCGUGAUGUUAAGGUUCUGAAGAGGAAGUCCAUACAGUUAGUGAAGGUUCUGUGGCAGAAUCAUGGCACUGAGGAAGCCACGUAG